UUUUGUGGGCAUUUUCAUAGCAUUCCGUGCUUUUUUUUUAAUAAACUGUAAUACAGCUCCGUAAGAGAUUUAUUCUUCAAUAAACACUUUUCUUACUGUAACGCGGUUUUUCUACCAUUUACCCGUCUUCAGUUAAUUUCAAAAUAAACUAAUAUAUAGCAUGAACAUGCAAACAUACAUGUGUGUACGUAGAAGUAGUUAUACUUAUAUGCAAAUAAGUGACAAAAACGCACACCUUUCCAAGCCAGCAAUUCAUAAUUGUUGUUGUUACCCUCCUUUAAUUUGAACCUAGCAACGUUUUGUUUUGAUUGCCACCUACCCACUCGUUACACUCAUUCCAACACAUACUAUCUUGCCACAACAAUAGACUUCACGCUAGAAAAUUCCUUAGAUUUAGUUUAUUGUUUACUCUUCAAGGGAGCGCAAGUACAAGCACCCACCCGUUCGUUGAAUUAUUAAAACAAAUAGUUUUUUUUUUAAUAAUUAAUUUCAGUGAACAUACAUAAGUGCUUUAAAAAGUAUGGCUCAUACGGCGCGUGCCCAUAGUACAUCAAAAUCACAUGAAUGUUACGCUUUCAACAAACCAUCUAAGCAACGUUCCAAAUCUGCAAAUCCACCAACGACACACCUUCUCGUAAAUUUUUCUAUACAACGAGCGCGUCAUGUGCCACCAUUUUCAGUGCAGUCGUUACAAAAAAAUACCGUCGUUAUGCAUGGUCCGAUAGAAGGACCGCCGGCACCGGCUAGCGCACGCGGCAAAGUAAAUACAAAUGUUAAGUGUAGUAAAAAGAAAGCGAUUUCUACACUAGAACUAGAUCUACGGGGGCACAGUGUUAAUGGAAAUGGUGGCCACAGACGUCCUACAACAACAUUUCGCAUGUAUUUUGAUCGUGGGGAUCUGCCCAUCAAAAUGGAAUAUUUGUGUGGAGGAGAUAAAAUUGGUUGGACGGUGGAUAUUGACAAACUCGACUACAGCCUCUACUUGCCACUCUUCUUCGAUGGCCUUUCCGAGACUCAACACCCCUACAAAACGUAUGCUCGUCAAGGUGUUUCCGAUUUAUUGGUUGCGGGUAGUGAUAAAAUUCAUCCCGUGGUACCGCAAUUAAUAUUGCCGCUAAAAAACGCACUCAGCACACGCAAUUUGGAGGUUAUGUGCACUACCCUGAAGAUAAUACAACAGCUUGUGAUGUCUUCGGAUAUGGUUGGACCGGCUUUGGUGCCAUUUUAUCGACAAUUAUUGCCAAUGUUUAAUGCUUAUAAGGUGAAAAAUGUCAAUUGUGGUGACGAAAUUGACUACGCCCAGCGCACUAAUAUGAAUUUAGGCGAUCUUAUCGAUGAAACACUGCAAGUACUGGAAUUGCAUGGCGGCGAAGAUGCUUUCAUCAACAUCAAAUAUAUGGUGCCUACGUACGAGUCAUGUUAUUUAAAUUAAUUUAUGUUUGCUACUCAUAAGUUUGUAUUACAAAAGUAUUAAAAAACAUUAGAUAAUUUCAACUUUCGUGCAAUAAAAAAACGUAUUAACGAAGAUA